AUGGCAGCGACCGCCGAUCGCGCAGCGAAUGCCUCCGAGGCUGUCGCGAAACCGUCCAUCGAGCACCCUCCGAAACCGACUGCUGCCUUGACACCACCUACUAGUGAAGAGAUGAAUGAGAUGAAGAAUGAGUCCCAGGAGGAUUCGGAGUUGUCGGAUUUGGACUUGGACGAGGAUGACGAUAUGGAGGAGAUCAAACCAGAUCACUACUGGGACGAAGAGAAUGGUGGAAGAAUUCCCGUCUUCAAGCCUACCAUGCAGCAAUUUGCAAGCUUCAAGAAAUUUGUCGAUCGCAUUGACUCAUAUGGAAUGAAGUCAGGUAUCGUGAAAGUCAUCCCACCCAAGGAAUGGCGCGACAACCUUCCCGCGUUGGACGAAUACGUGAAGCGAAUUCGAAUCAAGAAUCCGAUCACUCAGGAGUUUAACGGCACAUUUGGAACCUACACACAGCAGAACGUCGAGAAGCAGCGAUCGUACAAUCUUCCGGAGUGGAAGGCCUUGACCGAGGAAUCCCAGUAUCAACCACCGGCACGGCGAGGUGAGAGGCGAAAGAAUCAGGAAAAGGUUGUGCGAGGUGGCGGUGGCCUCCGUGGACGUGCUGCAGCGGCUGCAGCUGCCCCAGCUGAUGGUGGCGAGCCGCCGGCGAAGAGAAAGCCAGGUCGUCCACGUCGUAAUCCACUGCCGACCGAGGAGCCUGCUUCAGAUGACGAAUCGAAACGCAAGACCAACGGAAAGACCCCGCCAACGCCCAGUUCUCCUGCUCCUGCCAAGAAGCCGAGAGGACGUCCACCAAAGGGCGGCCAGAACAAGUCCGUGUCCUCCCGUCGACUGAAUAACACAUCGGAAGCAGUUGACGUAGUGGACGAAAAGGCGUUCAAGAACUUCGACUAUCGCAUGGACGGUCUCGACGAGUACACUCCGGAACGCUGUGCUGAACUCGAAACACAUUACUGGAAAAGUCUUGGGUUCAACCAACCUAUGUAUGCCGCCGAUAUGCCGGGCUCUCUCUUCGACGAAACUCCCAACAGCUGGAAUGUGGCGAAGUUGGAGAAUCUGCUUGAUGUCCUCGGUACCAAGGUUCCAGGUGUCAAUACCGCGUAUCUUUACAUGGGAAUGUGGAAGGCAACGUUCGCUUGGCAUCUGGAGGAUGUGGACCUCUACAGCAUCAACUACAUCCACUUCGGCGCCCCGAAGCAAUGGUACAGUAUAUCUCAGGAAGACGCACGCAAAUUCGAGAAGGCGAUGAAGUCCAACUGGCCUGUCGACGCCAAGAACUGCGAUCAGUUUCUCCGGCACAAGACCUACCUGAUAUCUCCCGAUGUCCUGCAGAAGCAGUAUGGCGUCAAGGUCAACAAGCUGGUCCAUUACGAGGGCGAAUUCGUUAUCACAUAUCCAUACGGCUACCACUCGGGCUACAAUAUCGGCUACAACUGCGCCGAGUCGGUCAACUUCGCUACUGAGUCAUGGCUUGAAUAUGGUCGCAUCGCUCGCAAGUGCAAUUGCGAGUCGGACAAUGUGUGGGUUGAUGUUUCGGAGAUCGAGCGGAAGUUGCGUGGUGAGCCGACACCGGAGUACUACGAGGAGACCGAUGAGGAAGACGAUCUUGAAGAUGAAGACGGAGGAAACUUACCAUCUCCUCCUGCAAGUGUCAAAGGACAGAAGGCACCUUCGAAGAAACGCAAGCGCGAAACGAAGCAAGAAGCGCCGAAGAAGAAGAAGAAGAUUCGGAUCCGCAUUCGUGCCCCGACCCGCGAGCCGUGCACUAUGUGUCCGAACGACAAUCCGUGGGAGCCACUGCUGCCCACCGACAAUGGCAAAAAGGCUCAUCUGUCGUGUGCUCUAUACACUCCGGAGACAUUCAUCACGACCGAGAAUGGCAAGCAGAAGGUUUGUGGUGCAGCGAAUAUCGACAAGGCGAGGCUGGAGCUGAAGUGCAACUACUGCCGCUCCAAGCGUGGCGCUUGCUUUCAGUGCUCGUCCAAGAAGUGCACGCGAGCCUUCCACGCUAGCUGCGCGGUGGCCGCCGGUGUGCUUGUGGAUUCUGGUCUGGUGCCGACUUUCGACGAGGAUGGCACUGAGUACUAUGAGGAAGGUUAUGACUUCCGAUGCCGAUACCACAGGCCGAAAAUGCCCAAGAAUCCUAAUCUGGACGCCAUGGAGAGCAGCAAGCGCAUCAACAACUUUGCCAAGGAGCUCAAGCCGAACGACACGGUGCAGGCGCAGUAUGUCGGGGCUGAGGUCUUCGGUGGUCUUGUUAUCGAGAACAGGCCGAGCGAAUUGACCCUUGUUGUUGAUGUUCUGCCUGAUGGGGAGCGAGUUGAAGUCGAGUACAAAUACGUCUGCGUCUUGGACCCUGACGAUUCUGUACGACCCAAGCCAUCCGCCAGCGCUCUUCCCAUGCCCGAGAAUAUGCACAAGAUGAAUUUCUCCCUCGCGAAUCGCCAAGAUGGUGUUCCGACACAAGAUGAGCUAUUCAACAACGACCCCAAUUAUAAGUGGCACGACUUCUACAACCUUCACACCCCACCACCAGGCUACCAAAGCUCCCUCUUGAAAGCACCGCAGAAGCUCAAGGUCGAUUUUGCCUCGCCGGAUCAGCUUUAUUACUACCUUCCAAAGAUCUCGACCGAAGCCAAAGUGUUCUUCACGGACAAGCCAGGCGGCACGAAGGCAGUUCCAAAGGCCAACUUCAUGGAUCGCAUGACCACCAAACCCGCCUACAACUAUCCGCCAGCCAAGCAGUCCUUGCCGCCUGCUUCCUCCAAUGCAUCUGGACCCAUGCGCAUACAGCCGGCUCAAAAUGCGGUGGCUAUGAACGCUGCUGCGGCGGCGCGCGACAGCGCAAAACCGUAUGUCUACAAGCCAAAG